GGGGAGGGGCCAGUCAGGCCGACACCGAGGCGAAUCAAGCCAGGGGAGAAGAGUGGAGUGGAGUGCCGGCCGAGGCCUGCGACCGAGAGCCAGCCGCCGCCGCCGCCGCCGCCCCACGACGACGACGACGACGAGGAGGAGGGCAAGGCAGCCGCUCGCCCGCCCGCCGUCUCCUCGCAGCGGAGCGAAGGUGAAAGAGGAAUUCUAGAAAAAAAGGCACGUGUAGCUUGCAACCAUGCCAUUUCCCUUUGGCAAGUCCCACAAGUCUCCUGCAGACAUAGUGAAGAAUCUGAAAGAGAGUAUGGCAGUUCUAGAAAAACAAGAUAUUUCUGACAAGAAGGUAGAAAAGGCUACUGAAGAAGUUUCAAAAAAUCUAGUUGCCAUGAAAGAAAUCUUAUACGGCACAAAUGAAAAGGAGCCUCAGACAGAAGCUGUGGCCCAGCUUGCUCAAGAGCUGUACAACAGUGGUCUUCUUAGCACCCUAGUAGCUGAUCUGCAACUCAUUGAUUUUGAGGGUAAAAAGGAUGUGGCUCAGAUAUUCAACAACAUUCUGAGGAGACAAAUUGGUACAAGAACCCCCACAGUUGAAUACAUCUGCACUCAGCAAAAUAUACUGUUCAUGCUGUUAAAAGGGUAUGAGUCUCCAGAAAUCGCCCUGAAUUGCGGAAUCAUGUUAAGAGAGUGCAUCAGACAUGAACCACUGGCGAAAAUAAUCUUGUGGUCAGAGCAGUUUUAUGACUUCUUCAGAUACGUGGAAAUGUCAACAUUUGACAUUGCAUCAGAUGCAUUUGCCACUUUCAAGGACUUGCUUACAAGGCACAAGUUGCUGAGUGCAGAAUUCUUGGAACAGCAUUAUGAUAGGUUCUUCAGUGAAUAUGAGAAGUUGCUCCACUCAGAAAACUACGUGACAAAACGACAGUCACUUAAGCUGCUUGGUGAAUUGCUAUUGGAUAGGCAUAACUUCACAAUUAUGACAAAAUACAUCAGUAAACCUGAAAAUCUCAAACUAAUGAUGAACCUUUUACGAGACAAGAGUCGCAACAUUCAGUUUGAGGCCUUUCAUGUCUUCAAGGUGUUCGUAGCCAACCCUAACAAGACACAGCCUAUAUUAGAUAUUCUCCUAAAGAACCAGACCAAACUUAUUGAGUUCCUCAGCAAGUUUCAGAAUGACAGGACCGAGGAUGAGCAAUUUAAUGAUGAGAAGACCUAUUUAGUUAAACAGAUCAGGGAUUUGAAAAGACCAGCACAGCAAGAAGCUUAAUCUCCUAUAAACCCCUAAAAUAUUAAAUCCAAAUUCAGCAUUUGCUGUUAGAUAUUCAGCAUCAGGCACUCUUAUCAAUUCAUGAGGAACAUUACUGCUAAUCUGCUGUUCAGUGAACAGUGUUUGUUUUUCUCUCUUUAUUUUUUAGUCCGAGUUGACAAACCUAGCUGCUGCUUUCUUGCACAAUGUGGACUUUCUUGGUAUUUGUGUCUGAAUUCAAGCACACUGCUUGUUUUUAGAAGUCCUGGGCGGGGUGGGGGAGGAUUAUUGGUUCAUGAAAGCAAACAUAUAGAAGAUAGUUUGGGAUAGGAGAGAAGGUAUUAGAGUAGCUUAAGUGAUGGGGUGCAUGCUUGCAAAUCUGAUUCAAUCCGUAUGUUUGCACUUAACCUUUUAUGAGAUGCGAGCACAAUGUGAUCUGUGCAUACUUGGCACCAUAGUAUAAGAUUGUAUGCCUUGAUUUAAAAAAAUGUGCAGUGCUUUAUUUGUAAUCAAAGGGGAAAUGUAUCUAAGAUGUGAGCUUACUGGGAUGAACAGUUGUCUUGCAAAUAAAAGUGAUACUGAAACAAACAUAGCAACUUCUAAAAGAGUGAAAUCUCAGCAUUCAUAAGGAAAAUGUAUAUAUGCCUUUCACUGCUUUAAAGUUUGUUUUUGAGAGAGUGAUUUUCUGAGAAUUGAGUUGUAGACUUGGAAAUACGUUAUAAGGUUUUUUUUGUUAAUUUUACUUCAAAAGCGUUUCAGACAGUAGAGCUUAGCAGUGACAUUUUGCAUUUCAUUUCAACAAUGCUUGUUGGUUUCUUUUGUAUAUAACUCCUAGGCUGCUCAUUUCUUUAAAAAAAAAUGAUUUAAUUUGUACAGCAGAGGAAUGUUAAUGUAUUAGUCUGUAACUUUUACCUGAUACUGAGUUUUGCAAAUUGAAAGCUCAUGUGUAAUGAAUACUUUGAAUCACAUGAAAAUGCUGAUUUCACAUUUCUUAAAUACUGCAGCAUUAAAAGGAAGAGAUCCCACUUUUCUCAUAUUGACUGGUCUAAUGGGGUGCCAUCAGUUAGGGUAGACUAAAAUAUAGCACUAGAUCCCACUAACCUGUAUUCUUCAAUGUUGGCCUUAUCCAUUUAUAUUAGUGCUGUGUUCAGCCAUUUGCAAAUUACAAAGAUUAUACAAAAUUAAUACCAAAUUGUUUUCCUUGUGGGUAUAUAGAGAAUUUCUCUUCCUUUCAUAUAGUUAAUACUCAGUAUGAUAGCUGUGAUGGUAAAUAAUUUAUAAUUCCCCUUUACUUCAAAAACCAUAAUUUCAUAACUGUCCUAGUGUCAAUAUUUUGUUCCUUAAUGCUGCAAACUAUCAGUAUUUAUUUUUUAAAAAGACUGAUUUUGCACCACUUCUUUGUUACUGUGAUCAUAACAAAAACCAAUUGCUAAAUAUAUCUAAACUAUGUUAUCAAAAUGGUAUCCAUCUUAAUAGUAGUUCUAAAAUCACAACCAGCCAACUUUAUGGAUUAGGAGUAUGAAAGUUUAAAUUCUGCAUGAUUGAAUCUGACUGAGAAUGCUAUACAAUUAUUUAUUGCUUUCUAGCUUCUUUCUGAUUAAAUUAUUUCACAAAUGAUUAAACUAAUAUCCUGAUUGACAUUUUAGCUAAUUUUAAAGCCUUCAUAAAGGAAGUAGGAAGACAGUGCCAGCAAAUAGGAUUCUGGUAAUGUUGAAUAACUCAACAUUGUCAUGCUUCCUUUAGAAGUCAUAACCUGUACUUUGCAAAGUGAUUCGUAAUGUCUACUGAAAGAAGAAAAAGUAAUCAUAAGCCUCUAUUAAAUCAUUUAUGCAGACAGGCAAAACUGGCUAUGAGGUGAUAUUACCAUUCAGUACCUUUUUCUAUUUUGGUUUAUUGUAGUUAAGAGGAGGAAAAUAUUACUUCGCAAGUUAUUCUCCAUUAUGCAUAAGGCUUCCACUUUAGAGGGGAAAUGUAGAAAUACUAAAAGUUAUGUAUGUGUAUAUAUAAAGAAGUUAAAAGAUGGGAUUUGGUUAUAGGUUUUGCUUCUCUACUAUUCGGCAUGGGAGAAAGUGGCUCUAACUUUUUUAAAACAUUAAUCCUUGGAGUGUUGGCAUUCAAAAAAGUUGUAUUUAAGACCAUUUGAUGUGCUAUUCAUAUUAAAAACUAUUGUACUGGAA